AUGCCAUCGAUCGGUGGCAGUGUUUUCAGUGACUGCAGGACUACUAAUCAAAAUAUUGACAACUAUUUAACAAAUACUAGUGAUAUCUUGUUAUCCUCCCCUGGUUACCCACGGGCUGCCUGUGGGCGCAGCCCACUGGUGGUGGCACACCACAAUCACACUACAAACUGUGCCAACCGGACUAUCACCACGUGGUUCCUAUUGAUUACGCUACUGGCCAUCACGACCACCACCACACCGGUACAGGGGGUCGGUUACGUGGCUCCGGGCGACUGCACCUGGAAUCACAUCCCGCAGUCGUCGUUUGACGUGUCACUCAAGUGCCAGUUGCGGACAAUCAGCGCCACGUCGGGCCUCAACUUCAGCCAAAUCCAAUCGGAGCACACCAUACGGUUGGCGGUAGUGUGCGAUGAGGGCCCGUACGAGUCGCGACUGGACAACGGCUCGUUGGCUCACUUGCGGUUCCUCAAGUCGUUGGACAUUGAAAACUGCAAACUCGCGCAACUGACCGGCGGUGCCCUUCACGGCCUGCAUCAGCUCCGCAACCUCACCGUUCGCACCCAUAGCGGCUCCGAUUGGGGCUCCGGCGCCGGCGCCCCCCACUCGCUGACCCUCACCCACGAGUCGUUGUCCUCGUUGAAGCACUUGGAACAGCUCGACCUGGGCUUCAACUACAUGGCCCACUUGCCGCAGGACCUGUUCUGCCCGUUGGCCAGCCUUAAGACACUCAAUCUGACCCGCAAUCGCCUCUCGGACUUCGGUUCGUUCGGUCUCAUAGAUCCGGCCACCGGUCAGCUGUGCCUCCAAGAGUUGCAACGUCUGGAUCUGUCGCACAAUCACAUAUCGGUGCUGUCGGAGACGGGUGUGGCGUCGCUGAAGAACCUGCAGGCGCUGUAUUUGCAGUCCAACCGGAUCUCCGAGUUGGCCGAACUUAGCUUCUCGGCGCUCAAGAAGUUGCACCGCAUAGACCUGUCCAACAAUCAGUUGCAGACAAUACCGGGCCGUACUUUUCGCGAGUCGGAAGAGCUCAAAGAGCUGCACCUGAGGAACAACUCGUUGACAGUACUGCCGGCGGGUCUGUUCUCGGGUCUCUCCAAACUGUUGAUACUGGACGUGAGCCACAACCUGAUCGGCUCCGAGUGGAUCUUCCCGGAGACGUUCGCCGACCUGAUCCGUGUGGUUGUGCUAGACUUGGGCCACAAUAGGCUGCGGGCUGUGAACGCCAGCACUUUCCAGAACCAGUACUCACUGCAGAUACUGUACCUCAACCACAACGAGAUCGAUCUCAUAGGUGACAACUCGUUUGCCUCGCUCUACAACCUUCACACUCUGGUGUUGAGACAGAAUCGGCUCAAACAGGUCGGCCCCUUCACCUUCAACGGCCUGUACGUACUGUCGGACCUAUCGCUGGCCGAGAAUGAGAUCAAUCGAGUGGAUGACAAUGCCUUCCGUAACUGUACAAACCUGCAGAGCCUUCACCUCAACGGCAACCUCUUGGCCGAAGUGCCCGUCGCUAUCGGCGCCCUCCGGUCGCUGAAGACCCUCCAUCUGAACGAUAACGGCUUGAAAGUGAUCCGUAACUCGACUUUUGGCGGCCCGGGAGGCGGCGGCCAUCAACACCUGCAAGUGCUACGGCUGGCCGGCAACGAGCUGACCAAUUUGACCCGGGGUGCGUUGAAAGAGUUGCCCGCCCUUCAGCACCUGGAUCUCGGCUGGAACCGUAUCGGCAGUUUAGACCAUGGUGUUUUCGACGACGCCCCGACACUCAAGCGCAUUAACGUCGAGAAUAACUUCUUGGUCGACAUCAACGGCCUGUUUAUGAACCUAAACAACCUCGAGUAUCUCAAUGUGUCCCACAAUCGGAUCACCUGGUUCGAUUACGCCCUAAUACCGCGAUCGCUGCGCCGACUGGACAUCCACCACAACGAGAUCGAGUCGCUUGGGAACUACUUUGAGCUCGAGUCGGCUCUACAGCUCGAGGAGUUCGAUGUGUCACACAAUCAGAUCAAAGAGAUCUCGGGCUCAGCCAUACCCAACCGCAUUCGGCGCAUCUCAUUGGCCGACAAUCGCAUCCGAGUCGUGCAUCAGUUCUCAUUCGUGGCCAAACACAACAUCACUUUUGUCGACCUCCGCAACAACUCCCUCCAGACACUGGACACCAACGCAUUCCGACUCAAACCGGUCACCGCCGCCACAGCGCCGGGCAAACAGCCGCCGGAGUUUUACGUGUCGUCCAAUCCAUACCACUGCGACUGUACGAUGGAGUGGUUGCAGCGGAUCAACUCGUUGGACACGGCCACCCGGCAGUACCCGCGCAUUGUGGACCUGGAGCAAGUGAUGUGUCAGUUGCCAUUUGUCCGACACGAUCAACUACCCGUGCCACUCACCCGGGCCAACUCUAGCAACUUUUUGUGCAAGUACAAAUCGCACUGUUUCGCCCUGUGCCACUGUUGCGAUUUCGAUGCCUGCGAUUGCGAAAUGAUGUGCCCCGAGAAUUGCACAUGCUACUACGACCAGACGUGGAACACCAACGUGGUCGACUGUUCCGCCCGCCAAUACCAGGCCAUACCCGCCCGCAUACCCAUGGAUGUGACCGCACUAUACCUGGACGGUAACGAUAUCUACACACUGACUAGCCAUACGUUCAUCGGCCGCAAAAAUAUGAAACAGCUAUACCUGAACCACUCGCGCAUCCAUCAGAUAUCUAACCGCACGUUCAACGGUCUGGUCUAUCUGGAAGUGCUGCACCUGGAGCAUAAUGAGCUGCACACCCUUCACGGCUACGAGUUUGAUUCGCUGCACUAUCUGAAAGAGCUGCACCUCCACCACAACCGCAUCUCCGCCAUCAACAACAACACGUUCAUCCACUUGAAGAGCCUACAGGUGCUCCACUUGGAGUACAACUCCAUCGUCGAGUACCAGAUGUGGACAUUCAAUCACAACACCAAACUCACCGGUAUAUAUCUGGCCAACAAUCUGUGGUCGUGUCGGUGCCAAUUCAUGGACGAGUUCCAGGAGUGGUCGCGAGUGUACGCGCCGGUAGUGCACGACGCCCACCACAUCAGGUGUUUUGUCAACUCGACAUAUGUCGGCCCCUAUAUCGCCGAGUUUAACGCCACUCUCUGCGCCACCGGCGGUGUCGGCUCCGGCGGACACAACUCAAACUCAACCGAACUCAUGGCCGGCGGCAGCGGCCACAAGUCGGGCCCCACCGGACCCAUAGUGUCAUUCCUGCCCAACGCCUUUGUGCGCGAUUAUCUCCUACUACUGCUCGGCGGCCUCUGUCUUGUGGUGAUCGUCGCCCUACUGAUGGUCACACUCUGUGUCUAUCGCAAAGAGCUUAAAGUGUGGUUAUAUAGCAAAUACGGUGUCCGCCUCUUCGCCCGGAGCCGUUACGCGCCGGAGACGGAAAAACUAUUUGACUCAUUCGUCUCCUACUGCAAGAAAGACGAGGCGUUCAUCGCCCAAAUCCUGGCCCCAGAGCUCGAGUGCGGUCACCCGCCCUAUCGGCUGUGCCUACGCUAUCGGGACCUACCGAUGAGCGGCUAUGUGGCCGAAGCCAUCACCGAAGCCAUCGAGUGCUCGCAUCGGACAAUCAUUUUGCUUAGCGAGCACUUCCUGAAGUCCGAGUGGUGUCGGUUUGAGCUGAAAGCGGCCCAUCAAGAGGCCCAGUGUAAUAAAAAUCACCGACUCGUCGUGGUGCUGCUCGACAAAAACAAUUUGACCGAGCUCGACCCGGACACCCGCAUGUGUUUAAGGUCGGUGCCGGUGAUUCAUUGGGGUGAUCGCAGGUUUUGGGAGAAACUCCGCUACGCUAUGCCGCCCGGCAGGGGUGGCCAACACCAGCUCAAGCCCAUGAACUGUCCCGACGUUAGGGCGAGUUUGGAGUUUAAACGCGCCGUUAAUAAUAUGAAAGCCGUUUAA